UACUCUCGAUUCCAGUUUGUUCCAGACCAUCGCAAUUUCGAAUUGCUGCAUUACGCAAAAGUGGAAAGCUAAGUACGAUUGUAACUGUUGUUUGCGUUAGAAAGAGUGCGAAGUUUGAUCAACUGUUGUUCGUUAAAGUUAUUAGAAGUGGUUGAGCUCCUGAAAUGGGUACCCGUGUAUACAUUGGAAGAUUGAGUUAUGACUGUCGAGAGAGAGAUUUAGAAAAGUUUUUCAAAGGAUAUGGAAAAAUUCGUGAAAUACUAAUAAAAAAUGGCUUUGGAUUUGUUGAAUUUGAUGAUUAUCGAGAUGCUGAUGAUGCAGUGUAUGAAUUAAAUGGAAAAGAUUUGUUGGGAGAAAGAAUGCAUGUAGAGAUUGCCCGAGGUCCAAGGAGCAGAGAUGACUCCUGGAACUCUUGGCAUAGAAAUAGGAAUAGGCGACCUAUGCGUAGGUGGGGCAGAAAAGAAAAAUAUGGUCCUCCAACUAGAACAGAAUAUCGUUUGAUAGUGGAAAAUUUAAGCAGCAAAGUUAGCUGGCAGGAUUUGAAAGAUUACAUGCGUCAGGCUGGAGAUGUAACAUAUGCUGAUGCUCAUAAACAAAGACGAAAUGAAGGGGUUGUGGAAUUUGCAUCGUAUUCAGAUAUGAAAAGUGCAUACAAUAAGCUGAAUAAUACUGAAUUAAGUGGACGAAGAAUUAGACUUGUUGAAGAUAGACCUCAUCGUGGCAGAAGAUCACGUUCAAGAUCCAGCUCGAGAUCACGUUCAAAAAGCCGUAGUCGAACUAGAUCCCGCAGCCCCCACAGCCGAAGUAGAAGUCGCAGCAAAAGUAUCAGUAAAUCGCGCUCUAGAUCACCUACUCGAUCUAGAUCUCGUUCCAAGUCACCGGCAAAGUCUGCUUCCAAAUCACCUUUAAAAGAAGAGACUAGACAAUCCAAGAGUAGGAGUAGAAGCAGAAGCAGGAGCAAAAGUCAUGAAAAAUCAGCUAGCCAGUCUCGUUCACCAUCUAGAAGCCCAAAGGUUGAAGAAAAGAUUGAAGAGAAUGAAGAAUGAUUUUUCAUAAAAGUUGCAUAAAAUAUCUGUAAAUAUUUUUAAUUUGGUUUAUCAGGUUCUUGAUAAAUAUGUUAUACUUCAUGUUGAAAUGAAAGAUUGAAAUAUUUCCUGUAUGAUUGCUUCAUGUAUGCAAAAUUGACAAUUCAGCAAUAAAGUAAUUCAUGCAGAU